AUAUGCAGACCAAGUUAAGGCACGCAAACCUAAUUCGCGAAAGGCACGAACAAAGGGUCCAAUACAAGCUCGGGUCCAUAGCUGCCGGCAUCCAGGGUCACUUUCGAGACAUGCUCAACUACUAUCGUAGCAUGGCUGAGAUCAAGAGUUUUAAAAGGGAAACGUACGAUGUCUGGGCUAUUAUUACCGCCUUUACAAUUUUGCAGGGUAAAUACAACGAGAUACGGCUAGAGUGCGGUCUCUACCGCGACAUAGUCCAAGAGUUGGAAAAAACCAGCAGCACGCACGGCUACACCACGCCGGCGCGCACCAAGCGAGCGACCGGACGGCGAGCGAACACUUGGCGACCGAGAAAACUACUCUAACUACUGUCAAA